AGCAAAUAAACAGCCUCGAGAACGCAUUUAAUGAUGAUGCAAGUUUCCAUGAGGAUGAACUACAGAAAGAAAAUGAGGACUGAUGAUGAUAGUCAGGAACAAGUGCCACAGGAAAGUGAUAAUGCAAACUUGCAGAAGGAUUCCUCACAAUCACCCCAUUCAAGAAAAGAUUUGUUCGCGUCAACCUCCAGCACUGCCACACACACUGCUACUUCUGUAAGAAAGGGUAAAAAACCUAUGCCAGUAAGUCAAGCCACAGUAAAAUCAAGACUUCUUGAAAUGGCCGAAAAGGAACAUGAACAAAAAAAAAAAAUGAAAAAUUUUAAAUUGAAGGAAAGCAUUUUGAUUUUGAAGAAACAGAAACUUGAAAAUGAAAUGAUGCAAAGCAGAUCAAAUAAUAAUGCAAAUGCUGCUGCAUGCAAUGAUGUAAACAAUAAUUUUGCUGGUGUUUGGCAACCAUUUGUAUAAAAAAUGUGCAAUUAAAUCAUCUUUGUCCAAUUUAUUAUGAAUUUUGUCCAGUUUAUUUUGAAUUUGUAUAUGAGAAAAUGAAGUAAACUAUAU